UCCCCCACCAAGAACAUGUCCAGCGCCUUCUCCAACCAGUUCCUCGGCCUCCUCAGCAAGCAGAAGAACGGCAACUCGAGCAACCAUAUCUUUGCCGUUGAGCUCGACACCGUCCUGAGCAGCGACAUGCUGGACGUAGACGACAACCAUGUCGGCAUCGACAUCAACGAUCUCCGCUCCGUGAAGUCCCACUACGCUGGCUACUAUGAUGACAUGAGUGGUAACUUCCAUAACCUAACCCUAGCAUCCUUUGAGGCGAUGCAAGUUUGGGUGGACUAUGAUGGAGGGAGAAAACAGAUCAGUGUGACCUUGGCUCCUCUUCAAAUGGCCAAACCCAUGAAGCCUCUGCUGUCAAUUAACUAUGACCUCUCAAGAGUUCUCAAGGACAAAUCAUAUGUUGGCUUCUCAGCUUCAACUGGCAUUCUUGACUCGCAUCACUACGUGCUUGGCUGGAGUUUUGGUUUGAACAAACCAGCCCCCGUCAUUAACAUUAGCAAGCUGCCAAAGUUGCCGCGCAUAGGCCCUAAGCCUCGCUCCAAGCUCUUGGAAAUCAUCUUGCCGGUAGCUUCUUCAACCUUCAUCCUUGCUCUGGUUACUGUCAUAUUUCUAGUGAUACGCAGAAAAAUAAGGUAUGCUGAACUACGUGAAGAUUGGGAAGUCGAGUUUGGGCCUCACCGGUUCUCGUACAAGGAUUUGUUCCAUGCGACAGAAGGGUUCAAGAACAAGCAUUUACUUGGCAUAGGAGGCUUUGGGAGGGUGUACAAGGGAGUGCUUCGGAAGUCUAAGUCCGAGGUUGCGGUCAAGAGGGUGUCGCAUGAGUCGAGGCAGGGCAUGAAGGAGUUCAUCGCUGAGGUUGUUAGCAUGGGCCGUCUACGCCACAAGAACAUUGUGCAACUACUCGGUUACUGUCGACGCAAAGGAGAGCUUCUUUUGGUCUAUGACUAUAUGCCGAAUGGUAGCCUAGAUAAAUACUUGCAUGGCAAUACCAUACAAACUUUGGAUUGGGCUCAGAGGUUCCGCAUCAUCCAAGGUGUUGCAUCCGGCUUACUCUACCUCCAUGAAGACUGGGAGCAAGUUGUCAUCCACCGAGAUAUCAAGGCAAGCAACGUGCUUCUCGAUGGCGAGAUGAACGGGCGGUUAGGCGAUUUUGGCCUUGCAAGAUUGUAUGAUCAUGGCACUGACCCACAGACCACUCAUGUGGUUGGCACCAUGGGGUACAUAGCACCCGAGCUGACGCGCAUGGGUAGAGCAUCCACUCUCACCGAUGUCUUUGCCUUUGGUGUGUUUCUUCUCGAGGUCACUUGCGGAAGGAGACCCAUUACACAACAGGAUGGGCAAGACGUCCCCUUCAUGCUGGUAGAUUGGGUGCUUGAGCAUUGGCAGAAAGGGUCACUCCCCAAUGUUGUGGACACGAGGCUUCUGAACAACUACAACGUCGAUGAGGCAUGCCUAGCUCUGAAGCUAGGGUUGCUAUGCUCGCAUCCGUUGCCCAAUGCAAGGCCCAACAUGCGACAAGUCGUGCAGUACCUUGAUGGAAAUGCAAUAUUUCCGGACCUAUCUCCUUGUGUCCUUAUUGAGUCAAUAAUACUCAUGUCUUACAUGAAUCCCUUGUUCUCACAGAUGAUUCUACACCUCCUGCUCUUCCUUCACCUGAUUUUCUCAGCCUUUGGAAUUGGUGGAGACCAAUUUGUCUAUUCAGGCUUCACUAGUGCAAACCUCACCCUUGAUGGCACAGCUACCAUCACACCAAAUGGCCUACUUGAGCUCACUAAUGGCACUGUUCGUCUCAAAGGCCAUGCCUUCCACCCAACUCCAUUCCACUUCAGCAAGGCAUCCCACGGCACAGUGCAGUCAUUUGCUCUCUCCUUCAUCUUUGCCAUCUACUGCGUCCAGCCCGACAUCUGCGGUCAUGGCAUCGCCUUCCUUCUUGCCGCACACAAGAACUUCUCGUACACAAUGCCGAUGCAGUACAUGGGACUCAUCAACGAACACAGCAAUGGAAACACGACCAACCACUUCUUUGCUGUUGAGCUCGACACCAACUGUAAUGAUGAAUUCAAGGACAUAGACAACAACCAUGUUGGCAUUGACAUCAAUGGGCUCAAUUCUGUGAAUUCCAGCAGUGCCGGCUACUACGACAACAGAAAUGGUAACUUCCACAACUUGACACUUGCCAGCUACAAAGUGAUGCAGCUGUGGGUGGAAUAUGAUGAGGAUAACACACAGAUCAAUGUGACCUUGGCUCCCCUAAACGUUGCCAAACCAUUCAAACCACUGCUCUCAACUACCUACAACCUAUCAAGAGUGCUUGCAGGUAAGGCAUAUGUCGGCUUUUCAUCGUCGACAGGUUCGUUCAUUUCACGGCAAUAUGUACUUGGUUGGAGUUUUGGCAUGAACAGGCCUGCUCUUCCCAUUGAUAUCACCAAGCUACCAAAGCUACCCCAUGAAGGGCCCAAUCCUCAAUCCAAAGUUUUGGAAAUCAUACUUCCAAUAACCACUGCAGCAGUUGUUAUUAUUGUAGGCACCAUUGUCAUUAUUCUGGUUCGAAGGCGACUAAGGUAUGCUGAAAUACGAGAAGAUUGGGAAGUUGAGUUUGGACCACACAGAUUUUCAUAUAAGGACUUGUUUCAUGCUACUGAAGGAUUUAAGAACAAGAAUCUACUAGGCAUAGGAGGAUUUGGAAGGGUAUACAAGGGAGUUCUUCCAAAAUCUAAGGUGAUGGUUGCUGUGAAGAAAAUCUCCCAAAAUUCUAAGCAGGGCAUGAAGGAAUUUGUUGCCGAGGUUGUAAGCAUUGGUCACCUCCAACACCGUAAUCUUGUGCAGUUACAUGGCUAUUGUCAUCGAAAAGGUGAACUUAUUCUAGUGUAUGAAUACAUGUCAGGUGGAAGUCUUGACAGGUACUUGUAUGAUCAAGAGAACAAGCCUACUUUGAAUUGGGAUCAAAGAAUGCGAAUAAUCAAAGGAAUAGCAUCUGGCUUGCUUUACCUCCAUGAGGAAUGGGAGAAGGUAGUGCUCCAUCGGGACAUCAAGCCAAGCAAUGUGCUCCUUGAUGAUGAAAUGAAUGGACAUCUAGGUGAUUUUGGUCUAGCAAGGCUAUAUGACCAUGGGGGCGAACCUCAGACCACACAUGUUGUUGGUACCAUAGGAUACCUAGCUCCAGAGCUAGCACGAACUAGCAAGGCAACUCCACCUACUGAUGUAUUUUCCUUUGGUAUGUUUGUUCUUGAAAUCACUUGUGGGAGAAAACCCAUUGAGCAAACUGGGCAAGAUAGGCAACUGAUGUUGGUGGAUUGGGUACUUGACUGUUGGCGCAAAGGAUUAGUGACAGAUGCAGUAGAUGUCAAGCUCCAAGGUGACUACAAUGUUGAUGAGGCAUGCUUAAUACUAAAGAUGGGAUUGCUGUGCUCACACCCCUUUAUGAAUCUAAGGCCAAGCAAGAGGGAAGUCAUGCACUAUCUCAACGGCAACUUGCCACUACCGGAUAAGUUAACACCAGCAGAUAUGAGCUUUAAUAUGCCCUCUUUCAUGCAGAACAGAGGUUUCAACCCAGCAACCUUGACGAACUCAUUAUCAACGACAAAUAAUAGUAUGAUAUCUGAUCUCACAGGAGGAAGAUGAAAUGCAUGUACUCUUAAAAUUACCUUAUUAUCUUUAUCAUUAGAAAAUGUGAAUUGGUUGCACCAUAGAAACAUUCUGAUUGUAAAUAUAAGAGCGCUGAAAUUA